AGUUCAAAUACAAAGUUCCCAGAGAGGGGUAUUAUGUAAGAGCUCAUAACAACGACUUUUUUUCUUGAUGGAUAGGAAGUGAGGGUAUAGGUAUGACUAUCCCCCACAGUGAUUAUCACAUCGUUGUGACCAUAGUUAACUAACUAGCUUCCACGAUGAUAUGUAAGCGGAAGAUGAUUUUGCUGCACAUAGAGACACUGACCACAACUGAUGUUCUUCGAGAUGGACCCACCCAAAUAAUGUACUGUGUAGAGUCAAGGACCCGCAAUCGUUGGGCCCCCAAGAACACACCAGAGCGGACUAGCUUUCCGCUUAGUUGGCACUACGACCUGUCGACUGUCAGUGUCGAGAGCCGAGACUGGACUGACCCACUAACUUGGAACAGCCACAGCGGCAGGGGACAUCUUGAUCGAGGACGUCAGCUCCGUUGCAUGUUGGUUGUUAUUGGACUGAGACUAACAACCAGUCGCAUUCAUCCACCGACGAUCUGAGGCACUUUUUGAGGCUUUCCGUAUGUGUGUACUGUGUAUGGUGGUGUAUGAUGCGGAGAAAGGCAACCAAAUAAAGCAUUACCAUGGAAAUCAAAGGAACCGCAA